AUGGAUUCGGGGGAGGUGCCGCGUUACCCGCUGAGCGAGGACGAAUAUUUGGCGUAUCGGCCGCUCAGCGAGCAGGAGGAGGCGGGGCUGGGGGGUCUGCCGUCCCCCCGCGGACCGUGCCAGACAACGGAGAGCUGCCUGUUCCCGGAGCCCCGCCCCUCAGACAAGGACCGCCUCCUCUUCUCCUGCCGCCUGUGUCCCUUCUCCACCCAUUACUCCAGCCACCUGAAGCGUCACAUGAAGACGCACAACGGGGAGAAGCCGUUCCGCUGCCCGCACUGCGUUUACGCCUCGUCGCAGCUCGUCAACCUGAAGCGCCAUCUUCUGACGCACACCGGGGAGAAGCCGUUCCAGUGCCGGCUCUGCGCCUUCUCCUGCAGCAGCCCCGGCAACCUGAAGCGCCACCAGAAGGUCCACAGCCAGGACAAGCCCUACACCUGCCACCUGUGUCCCUACCGCUGCAACCAGAGCCGCAACCUGCAGCGCCACAUCCUGGCCCACCGCAGGAGGAGGAGCCAACAGAGGGAGGAGACCGCCAGCUGCCACACCCACCACCAUCGUCAUGACGUGCCGGCGGCGGCCAUGACACUCCCGGUGACCUCCGAUGACCUGGAAGCCUUUCUCCCGGCGUGUGUCCGGUUGCACCGCGGCCCGCCCUCGCCCGUGUUGGAGGGUUCGGCAGACGGCGGCCUCCCGGAGCUGCUCUUCCCCUUCGCGUGCCGCUCGUGUGGUGAGGGGGAGGGGCGGUGCUGCUCCUCGGGGAGCCCCGGCAAAGGCUUCUCCUGCGCCCUGUGCCCGUUUGUCACCCAUUACCCCAACCACCUGUCCCGGCACAUGAAGACGCACAGCGGGGAGAAGCCGUACACGUGUCACGCGUGUCCCUACGCCUCGGCGCACUACGACAACCUGAAGAGGCACCAGAGAGUCCACAGCGGGGAGAAGCCGUACAAGUGCCCGGCGUGUGACUACGCCUGCGGCAACCUGGCCAACCUGAAGAGGCACGGGCGCACCCACUCCGGGGACAAGCCCUUCCGCUGCACACAAUGCAACUACACGUGUAACCAAAGCAUGAACCUCAAACGUCACAUGUUACGUCACACGGGGGAGAAGCCCUUCCGCUGCACACAAUGCAACUACACUACAGGCCACUGGGACAACUACAAGCGUCACCAGAAGACGCACGGAGGACUCGCCGACCAAUCGCAGCCUUUGUCCCCGGACGCCUAG